AUGGUGGGGAUUCUGGCAUUUUUGGUCGCUCUGCUGCUGGGUCUUCAGUUGCUGCAUUUUUUCAAACAGCUCUGGUCCUGUAGACGGUACCCUCCGGGGCCUCUUCGACUUCCUGUCAUUGGAGGUCUGUGGAAGAUGGCGUCCAGGUUUGAUCAUGAUACUCUGAUUAAGCUGGCAACGCAUUAUGGGGACAUUUACACUAUAUGGUUAGGAGAUCGACCUAUGGUAGUACUUUCGGGAUUCCAAGCUGUGAAAGAAGGGCUGAUCAACCAUUCAGAAGAUUUCUCUGAGCGAGCAGUGACUCCUUUUGUUAAGGCUGCAACAAAAGAAAUGGGUAUAACAUUUUCAAACGGGCACACCUGGAAGCAACAGAGACGAUUUGGGCAAGUGACUAUGCGGAAGUUGGGACUGGGAAAGAAGGGGAUGGAGCGCCAAAUAGCAGAGGAGGCUCAACAGCUUGUGGAGACUUUUGCACAUUCAAAAGGGCAGCCAUUUGAUCCUUCACUCCCCAUCACUAAUUCAAUCAGCAAUGUGAUUUGUGCUAUGGCUUUUGGACGUCAGUUUUCAGUUGAAGACGGAGAUUUUCAGACUCUGAUAGAAGCCACUCAAUUUGCCUUAAAAUUUGGAGGCAGCUACUUUCAUAUUCUCUAUGAAGCAUUCCCAUGGCUUAUGAAUCAUCUCCCAGGGCCACACCAGAAGGCACUUUCCUCCCUCGAGAUUGUGGUUUCCUUUGCAAAAAAAGAGAUAGAAAAGCACAAGGAGUACCAGACUCUGCAUGAACCCCAGGAUUUAAUUGAUUUCUAUCUACUUCAGAUGGAGAAAAGCAAAAAUGACCCUGACUCUACUUACGAUGACAACGCCUUGGCUCAUUGUAUUUUGGACUUCUUUAUCGCAGGGACAGACACAGUCUCCACUUCUCUGCUUUGGACACUGCUCAUCAUGGUAACUCAUCCAGAUAUCCAAGAUAAAGUCCACAAAGAGAUGGAUGCGUUUGGUUCCUCUGGCUUAAUUUGCUACCAAGACCGGAAGAAACUGCCCUACACCAAUGCAGUGAUUCAUGAGAUCCAGCGUAGUAAUUAUGCCUUACUGGCUGGGUUUCCCCGAAGAUGUGCAAAGGAUGUGAACAUGCUUGGUUUCCUUAUUCCCAAGGAGGCCAUUGUUUUUCCAAACCUACGCUCUGUUCUUCUUGACCCCGAGCAAUGGGAGACCCCUGAAGAGUUCAACCCAAAUCAUUUUUUGGACAAGGAUGGACAGUUUGUGGCCAGAGAAGAAUUUCUGGCAUUUGGGGCAGGGCAUCGCACAUGCAUCGGGGAGCAGCUGGCACGGAUUGAGCUCUUCAUCUUCUUCACCAGCCUGCUGAGGGCGUUCACCUUCCAGUUGCCAGAGGGAGUGAAAGAACUGAACAAAGUGCCUAUAUCAGGGAUCACAACACGCCCCCAUCCUUAUCAGCUCUGUGCUGUUCCUCGCUGCAGUACAUCAUAA